CUCGGUGCGCAAGAGACUCCGGGUCACCAGUGUGUGAACGAGCUCCGCAGCCCUGCUUAACCAACCUUCCAACACCACCAUCUCGCCUCCAUCCCCACGCCUUGCCCAGCCGUCUACCAUCCAACGCCAAGAUGUCCAGCCUUAUCCGCCAGAACUACCAUGAGGACUGUGAGGCCUCCAUCAACAAGCAGAUCAACAUGGAGCUGUAUGCCAGUUAUGUCUACAUGUCCAUGAGUUACUUCUUUGAUAGAGAUGAUAUUGCUCUGCCUGGGAUGAAGAAAUUCUUCCAUGAAUCAAGUGAUGAGGAGAGGGAACAUGCUCAGAAGUUGAUGAAGUACCAGAAUCAGCGCGGUGGAAGGAUCGUGCUGCAGGCCAUCGCUGCUCCACCCCAGCAGGAGUGGGGCAAUUGCAACGAUGCCCUUCAGGCUGCCCUGGACCUUGAAAAGCAAGUCAACCAGAGCCUGUUGGACCUUCAUGGCGUUGCUAGCAAGAACAACGACCCCCACCUGACCAAUAUGCUGGAGGGUGAAUUCCUGGAGGAACAGGUCGAGUCCAUGAAGAAACUCGGGGACAUGAUCACCCGCCUGAAGCGUGCCGGAAUAUCUGGCCUGGGAGAAUUCCUGUUUGACAAGGAGUUUGAGUAAUGCAUCAUGGGGCACAACAUUGGCUGAACUAGGUGCUUCUAACACCCAAGUUUUUCAAUCAUAGUAGUAACUGAUGAUAUGUGGACAUGAUUUUGUUUUAUUUCAUUAUUGCUGCCAGCAUGUAAGAAUUUGUUUUGUGAUCCAAACUUUUUAAGAGGCUAUUUUAUUUUGAAAAAGGAAAAAUCACCUGAGGCUUUUAGUUUUGUCUGUUCACAGCUCAGUAGAUAUCUCAACAGCCAAUGUUCAUCUAAGGUCAAUGCAUUUAUACAUAUAUAAUGGAUGUUCAACAGUAACAGAUAUUGAUACCAAUCAGCUGAAGCAUACAUAGUUACCAUAUGCUUAUUCUGUGUUGAUUUUGCUUUCCUUUGCCUUCUCUUGGUGACAUCAAUCCGAUGUUUACAGGGCACUCAUUAAAAGAUUACCAACC